AUGCCCGCCAGGGACAAGCCCCUCAUCUCGGACCACGAGCUGGUGGCGACCGCGGCGCUUGCGCUGCGCGCGCGCCGCGGCGCAGCGUGGGCGAGGGCGGUGCCCCUGAAGAUAUUUUUGAACGACGUACUGCCGUACCGCCACCUGGACGAGCCCUAUCAGCCGUGGAGGAAGCUGUUUUUUCAGAAGCUCGCGCCGCUCGUCGCCGGCGCGAGCAGCAUCACAGAGGCCGCGCAGAUCAUAAACCGCGACGUGUGGGCGCUCUUCUCCGACCCCCCCAUCCACUUUGUCCCGGACCAAGCCCCCGAGAUCCUGUCGCCCGCCCAAGUCAUCGCGGCCGGCUUCGCCUCGUGCUCGGGGCUGUCCAUCUUCUUGGCCAGCGCGUGCCGGGCCGUGGGCAUACCUGCGCGCGUCGCGGGCACCCCCAGCUGGGUGGAGGACCGGCGGGAUCUUUCCAAAGGCGACCGCUUCAACAACCACAAUUGGGUGGAGGUGUGGGACGGCGGCGCCUGGUCCUUCACGGGCGCCUGCGAGUACCGGCCAGAGGGCCUCAACCGCACCUGGUUCUUCCCUCAGCCCGCCAAGAGCGCGCUGCCGGGCAGCACUAUGCACGCGAUCUACGCCGCCUCGUACCAGACAACAGGCUUGACCUUCCCUCUGGCGUGGGCUCCGCAAGACCGGGAAGUCCCCGCUGUGGACGUGACCCAGGGCUACAUCGAUGCAGAGGAGCCAGGACCCCCCAGCUAG